UGUUGAGCAUUUUUUUAUUCAGUCACGUGACGUAACGGAAGGCGGCGACUACAGCGGCGACAUGACUGAUUGUUGUGAUAAAAAGUGAACAUUAAAGAAUGUUAUUUAAGCGAUUCCAUGAGAGCAUAGUUCAGACAUCAUCGUCUGCGCUUGAUAAAGUGUAUAUGUUUUGUGACUUGCUCUGAAAGAGUUUUUACAGUUGUGGUUAAGUGAGGCUGUGUACAUCAAAUCGUGCCUGCUUUUUCGCUGUCAUUAUUGCCUAUUUUUGCUCUUAUUGAUAAUGAAAACAAUUACCUGAAUAAACAAUGAAACUAAUAGAAAAGUUUAUUAUUAUCUUUAUGUGUAUACAACUUAUCAGUGCAAUCAAAGAUAGUUCAGAAGAUGUCAUAUUAUGUGCAAAAACCCCUGGUACUAUUACCCACGUCAAUGAAGACGGGGGUCCUGAAGAAAUCUCAACAGAAUCUCCAGAUGAAACAUGUGUGAAACGUUAUUGUUAUACGUUAUGGAAAGAAGAUCCCGUUAGUGGAGACAAAACUAUCAUGGGACAAGGUUGUUGGGAUACUUCUGGAAAGUCUAAUGAAUGUGACAGGGCGCAGUGCCUUGCCCAAAACAAACCACCGAAAGUAAGAAACGAUACAAAGUUUUGUUGUUGUUCAGAGGACAUGUGCAAUUUAAAUUUUACUGAUGUGUACGUACCUGCUGAAGAAGUUUCCCCAUCAACUACGGAGAUAGUUCCAAGAAAAUCUGCAAACCCAUAUAUUUGUAUAACGGCAAUAGUCUCAUUUAUAAUUAUUAUAAUGAUUGCUUUACUUGGUUCAUUUUAUUUUUGGAAAAAGAAACCUAAGAAAAAUGACGUGGAAAGCGGUCAUCAACAUUCUGUACCACCACCAACUGAUUAUAGUUUAGAUAAGUUGAAGCUUUUAAACGUAAUUGGACAAGGCAGAUAUGGUUGUGUUUGGAGAGGAUUAAUUGACGACCAGGAAGUUGCUGUAAAAAUGUUCGCAGCACAUCACCGUAAUUAUUUUCUUAACGAACAUGAAAUGUAUAAACUCUCAGGUGAAAAUUCGGCCUUAUUAAAGUGCUAUGGAGGGGGUGAAUACAUGAUGACCCCUGGAGGAAUAGCUGAUUACCUUCUUUUACUUAGUUUAGAACAAGAAUGCCUACAAGAAUACUUAAAGAAUCACACUCUUGAUCUAGUUACUUUGAGUAAAAUGAGCUUAGGAGUUGCUAGAGGGCUUGCUCACUUGCAUUCAGAUCUGGGAAAGCCAUGCAUAGCCCAUAGGGAUAUCAACAGUAGAAACAUUUUAAUACGAGCUGAUUUAACUUGUUGCGUAUGUGAUUUGGGUCUCGCCGUAGUACCCAGACGCGCUGAAAACAAGUCCAUCAGCGAGGCGGGAACCCUUCGAUAUAUGGCUCCUGAAGUUCUAGAAGGAGCUGUUAAUUUACGAGACUGUGAAAGUGCUUUAAAGCAAAUCGACGUGUAUGCACUUGGUUUAGUUUUAUGGGAAUUAGGAAUGAGGUGCACGGAUAUGCAAAAUUCGGAACCCCCGCCAUAUUCUCCACCAUUUUAUAAAGAGGCGGGUGAAAAUCCUACGUUAGAACAAAUGCAAACUUUAGUUAGCCGACAUAAAGCUAGGCCCUUAUGGCCUCCAUCUUGGAAAGAUACGGCCGCUGCUCGUCUACUAAGUGAAACAGCGGAGGAUUGUUGGGACCAGGAUGCCGAGGCGCGACUGACAUCUUUAUGUGUAGUGGAACGUUUAUUAGAAUUGCCUUCAUUGAAAGGUCGCGUUUUACAUUCAAUGCAUCCACCAGCAAGUCCGACACCGUUAAUAAAUAAUAACCACCUGCACGACCAUCAGAUUGAUAUAUCUGUAGGUACUGUAGAGACUUUAUUAUCUCCCAGUGAAGAACAUUGUAAAAAUUCUAAUCAAUUAGUAACGUGUGUGACACCUCUUCAACCAUACCAAGGUCGUAAUCCGUGCUUGGAAAGGAAUCUUCUUUCAGGAUCUAGCGAUAGUCUUCUCAUUGAUAAGUCAACAAAACAUUGCACAAGCUCCGAGUUUCAAAAUUUAAUUACGAAUGAUUUUCUAAACUAUCAAAUAAACUAUCGCGCGACACCAAUUCCAUACGUUCAAAAUGCCGUUCAUGGAAGUCCGAAGCAGUCAAAUACUAGUAGUGAAACGUCCAAAAAAUUCAAAUGGAAUGGGUUUAUGAAACUCUUUCCAAAUAAGAAAUACAACGGCGAUGAAAACUCUAGGGCGACUCAAGUAAAGCUUAACGCGAAACUUGUCAAUGGUUUUGGACAAAAUGAAGUUACAACAUCUCUGUUGUCAGAAGAAACCAAACGGCCUUCUACAUUACCUCUUAAUGUUGUUAAAUCUCAAGACAAUGUUCUGAACUCGAGUGGCGUAACUCAAAUUUUAAAACGAAAAAAUAGUAUAUCUCGGCAGCGUUCAUUAGAGCAGUUUAAUGAAGUUUUUUCUUCAAUUAAUGAUUUAUCGAGGUUAAAAGAUCCUUCACAGAGAAUUAAAACUCCGGGUGAUGUACCCCCGUCUGUUCGAAGAACGAGAGGCAAGGCCGCCAAAGAAUCUGCGGCGAGAUUUUCGUUAUACGACGAUCGAAUAAUGUGUCGCGGACAAUGGGGAAGCGCUCCAGAUUUGGAACCUCCGGUUCCACCCAAAUUACCACUAUUAAAUGACUUACAAGACCGAGAUAGUGUAAGUAGUUUUUAAGUUGCAGCUUUUCUGGAAUUGUAAAGCUAAACUGUUAUCGCGAUUGGUACGACAGAGAAUUAUUUUUAUUGAUCUUUAUUCGAAAUUUGAUAAUUUAUGUAUAUUUUGAAAAAUGUACAUUACGUUUCAUGUUUUUAAAUUAUUUUUGAGAAACCAAAGGAAAUUUUGCGGCUGCACUUUCGUGACGUUGCUUCUAAUCGUUUUCUGAAUUGGUAACUAAGAUAAUAUUAAAUUUUGAUGUACGUAAUUGCCUAAUAUGUACUUUAAAAUGAUACAUAUAUUGUACGUACAAUAAUAUGAAGCGUGUUUCAUGAAAACCAAAUUACAGAAAUCGACUUAAGACCCUUUUUUAGUGCUUUAGAAAAAUUCAGAAUAUAACUUCGAUAGUAACAGGUGACAGAAAAAACGUUGAAUGCAGGCAGGGUAGUCAAAAUAUUGGAACUGGUUAAAUAUCACGAAAACUUUAAUUUAAAUAUUAGGUAUAGUUUAGUUCAAAACGAAAGAGGCCAUCACGUGGUCUACGCAUAGUGUCAGUUUAUUUCAAUAGAGUUCAUCGUUAUAAGAAAAAAAUUAUUAAACAAAAAGCUAUGCAAUGGUAUGAGAUUUUUAAUAAUCUAAAAACUAAAAAUCAAAUCAUUUGUUCACUUAAUUUUAAUAACAUAGCUGGCUUCUUAGAAUACUCUAGUGCAAGGUGAAGGAGUUAAAAUUAAAAGUAGUCCCAAUAUUUGACCCGUUCCAUAUUUUUCGAGAAUCUGUAAAAAGUUAAAACACAUGUUUUAGACAAAAAUAAUAAAUUCGUGAUUUUUAAAAUUUUCAAAGAAUGCAACUUUUGAAAUCAACUUUUUUCGAAUUCAUAACGCAACAUUGGGUACCUACUGUGCUGUGUUGAUGACACGUUUAUAUUAGUUACUAUGAUCAUAAAUGUGGAGAUGAUAAGGCUGCGUAAAUAUAACGUCACAAAUUUGAAAAUAUUCUUGGCUUUAAUUCUCGGAAUAGUAACGAAGUGUCCCACAAGAAAUCUUGUCUAGUCAUUUGAAAUAAGAAAUUCAAGUGGAAGUGAAACUUCACACUUAACAGUUAAAUGAAACGAGAGUAUUCUCGGUCAUUUAGGUUAUUCUUCCUAAUGCCUUUCGUGACCACGAUAUAAUUGUUAACUUAACAAUGAAAUUAUUUACGACCAUAAACUUUUUAUAAAGUGCAUUUUAUUAGUGUCUCCCGAAUUAUUGGUUGUAACUACAAACAACACGAUUGGUACAGUGUCCAAUGUUGGGAGGUAUAUAAAAAGGUCACGUAAAAUUGGCAAAAUAUGCAGAAGUCAAAAAAAUAUUUAUUGCAAAUGCUAUUCACGAAUUGUAUAAUUAUUUUUUUAACUGCCGUUUUAACUGAUUAUUGUCUUGCAUUUCGUAGAAAAAAAUUGAAAAUAUUGGUAAAUAAACUCAAGCGUUCAUAGAGUAAAUACAUAUUUUUUUUUGCAAAUUAAAUUCAUUACUGAGUAAAACAAUUUACUAAGGUUUAGUUAAAAUUAUUAAUGUGAUCAAUUUCCGGACGAAAACAUUCAAAAUUGUUGAGUUUCGUGAGCGUUCGACUUAUUGAACUUUUGUUUUCUUUUUUGGAUGACUGCAUUCGUCAAUUUAAAAAGUUAGUGUCAAUUUCGUCGAAAGUAUAGAAGGAUGAAGUAAAGCUCCAGUGAUCAAAAGCAUACAAUGUAACUUUUCGAUUGCACCUAACUAUGUUACGAGUUUCCAUUAUACCAUAUUUCAUCAUUUUUAUAGAAUCAUUCACAAAAGAUGGUGAUACAAACAGAAAUAACUUGUUUUUCUGAAGAACAGAAUACCGCGACCUCUGGCCUUACUGGCGUAAUUAACUAUAACUUGUAAUAUCUGUAGCGAACCACAAGUAAAUAUAAAUGUGAUUACUACCUCUUAACCUCUUUGAUUUAUAAUAUGGCAGUUGAGUUGUUAUGUAAAAACUGUGAACUCCGAACCUAAACAGCUUGUAGAAAAUAAUUCGGAACAAAUUUACACGAACAAAUUGAGUGAGUCAUAACAAUUGUAGCAGACAGUGACGUUUUUUAACAUUUACGUAAAAAAUUUGCACUUCAGCCAGUUGCUUAUUCGCAUAAACUAAACUCGAAAGAAUUAAAUGGUGCGAUUGCAGCAGAACCGGAAAGAUGUAGUACGUAAUAGACCUUUGUCCAAAGUAGUGUCCAAAGAUAGCUUAAUAGAUUUGUCCGUGUGACUUAAAAAGAAAAAAUGCAAAGAACAGUUCGUAAUUGAUAAUUUUUGAAUGAAAGCUGUAAAGGCAUAGCGUUCAUAGUAUUUGUAGAAAAAUAAUUUUAGACCCAGUUAUACUAAACAUCUAGGGCCUAAAGUGUAUUUCACAUGAUAAUCAACGACCAUUAAAACUAACGUAAUUUCGGAUAGAAGUGGAAACAAAAUGUUUAUCAAUUCUUUAAAAAUGUUUGUGUAAUCAGCAGUUUCCAAAUAAUACUUGUAUAAUGAAACAGUUGAGUUGAUACAAAUACUUGGUGUUGACAUUAAAAUGGUUAGAACUAUAUUGUACACCAAUAUAACCAUUGUAUUGGGACGUGACGUACUACCUAUUUGGUAAGUCAGGGAAAACGGCAUUGCAAAUGUAAAGCUCAAAGUAUUAUUUUUAUAAUUCAUUAUAAAGAGGUUGAAUGAUGAAGAUCUACAUAAACGCAGAUAUUUUCUAAACCACAAAUGUUACGAGAAUAUGAACAAGCAUUUACGCAAAGUCAUAAAAGUAAUAUGUAGCCAUAAGAUAAUAUAGAUUUAUUGUAGAUUAAAAAAAAAUAUGAAACAUACUCCAAAAAUUUUUCUGUGAUUAGAUUUUUUUAUUAUUAAAAAGUUUUUUUAUUAUUUUGGCUGUGUAUUUACGUGAACUACGCAUUCCUAUUCAUUAAAUGAAAACUGACAUGAGAUACUCGAAAUUAAAUGCCAGCAGAUUACAAAUCUGUCAUGUAAUUUUAGUUAAAAUGUAAGUUAUACUUUAUGAAGUAUAACAGAUUUCUAAUUGAUUGAGUGUCUUAUCUUAAUGUCUAUUACACAUACAUACUUAACUUAUAUUUUGCCGAGGUUGACAAUUUCUGUUGAGCGGUCAUCAAUCUGAAAAUUAUUAUAUAUUCGAGGAAAUUAUCAAUCUCGACGGUAGAUAUUUAAAUCACAGCAAAAUUUUCUAGUAACAAUUGGCAAAAGUUGCUUAUUUAUUAAAUUUUUAUGUGUACAUAUUAUAUAGGUAUACAUAACGAAAAUCUAAAAAUAAUGUAUUAAAUAAAAGAAUUUAGUUCUA